CUCUUAUAGGGCUGGCACGUCAGCGUCUGUCAUAUGACUGUCAUUUCCUGGUAUCGUCGGUGGUAGCUGCAGCCAAACACCACUGACUGAGCGUCUCCGUCGGUUGUUUUCUCUCCAGCGGCUGACCCUGCAAACUGCCCAGCCAUGAUGUCUCGCUGCCUUUUCUUUUUUGUGUUUGGAAUCGUGUUCCAGCUAUCACAUGGCAUUGAGUUCAAUGUCACAAAAGAUGGAAAGUUAUGCCUCUAUGCCAAUCUGGAGCUCACAUUCUCGGUCACCUAUGAAGAUCUUGACAACCAGACUCAGACAGCUGUGUUUGCUUUAACUGAUGACGCCAAUUCAACUAAAAGUACAUGUGAUGCCAAGCACUCAAUGCUGAUACUUAAUUUUGGAGAGGGUCACGCUUUCAGUAUGAGCUUCUCCAAGAUUGAAGAAGUUUACGAGGCGGACGUAGUCACCUUUACCUACAAUCUUGGCGACCCUGUCCACUUCCCCAACUCUAAAUCAAAAGAACCUACUGUGGCAACAGGGUUUCCUGACAUUAAAAACAUAGGCAUGGAUACCUGCUACUCAUGCAAAAGUGAGGACCUGAUCGAAAGUGGUGACGUCAACAUUACACUGUGGGAUGUGCAAAUGCAGGCUUUUAUCAGUGAUGGCAACAAGAGUUCUGAAAUAAGCUCCUGUCCUGCAGAUCAACCCAUCUCAAGUACAACUGCUGCCCCCAAUACCACUACAACUGCUGCCCCUAAUGCCACAACUACAACUAUCCCUACCACCGCCCCUAAUACAACCACACUUGCCCCUAAUACAACCACACUUGCCCCUAAUACAACCACACUUGCCCCUAAUACAACCACACUUGCCCCUAAUACAACCACACUUGCCCCUAACACAACCACACUUGCCCCCAACACAACAACUAUGCCUGUCCCUACUACCACCCCAGUACCCACUCUCCCUGUACCCACUACUGGGAACUACAGCAUCAGGACUGAAAAUGGCACAGUCUGUCUGCUGGCCAACUUUGGCCUGCGCAUUGGUAUUAAGGGCGAGGAAAUGAAUUUGGAUCCCAAUAUGGCCAAUGUCUCUGGAUCAUGUGGUGUCAACAGCAGUGAGCUUACUUUGGCAUCUAAAAAAAUGACUAUCAAGUUUACCUUUACCAAUGACACAAAGAAAUUCCGCCUGCAUGAUCUGAACAUCAGUGUCAGCACGAGCUCUGGUAAUUUUUCUGUGGAGAACUCCAGCCUCAAUCUGUGGGAGGCAUCCAUCGGCAGCUCCUACAUGUGUAACAAGGAGCAGACUUUCAACAUCACCGACGCACUCUCCAUCCACACCUUCAGCCUGCAUGUGCAGCCCUUCGGAGUGAACAAAGGUGUUUUCAGUACAGCCCAUGAAUGUUCAGUGGACGACCCAAACAUCUUAGUCCCAAUCAUUGUUGGCGCUGCUCUGGCUGGCUUAAUUCUCAUUGUAGUGAUUGCUUACGUGAUUGGUCGAAGAAAGACUUACGUUGGAUAUCAGACUCUUUAAAUUCAUAUUGCAGUCGAUCUUGUGAUGUUAUGGGGGUUCCCAAGCCUGGUCCUUGGCCUUCAUGGUCUCACAUUCAGGAGUUGGUCUAAAACUAAAUCUACAGUUUUGUGAAAUGGCAUCAGUGUGGAGGGGACUCAAAAUUUACUGUCUGAUCAUUGAGGUGUAAAGUUUUGGUUUUCAUAAAGAUGCAGGAUUUUCUCUCAAGGACCAGACUUGUUUACCCCCCCAAGUGUUUGUGGUGUCUUUGUUUUCCUCAUGUUUUUGUUUUCACCUGAAUGUCUUUUCUGUUUUUGUUUUUUUGUUUUUUAUUGGUUAAUGGGCAAGUGCAAGAUCUAUCAAGCAUUUGUUCAAAUUGGAUAUCUGGUCAUGCAAAGUCUACCUUUUCAUAAACGAAGCCCCCUGAACAUCUUCCACAUUUCUAGCACAAGAUGUGACCAUGUAAUUGGUUUCUGUAGGAUCCUGCACUCGCUCAGCAGACAUUCCCCUUUUUGUUUUUGUCUUUAAAACAUUUGUUUUCUUGUUUAACCCCCAUUGAGAAUUUGUGGAAAUCAAUUGAAAACCUCAAUGUCACAGCAGCUUUUUCUUUUUUUUUUCUCCCCUCCUCCCUCCCUGGAAGUUCAUUAACACAGAUGAAUGUCUGCUCCUUUUAAAAGGCUGUAGAUGAAUAUGCCUUAGUCCAUGUUUGCCCCUGUAGAGCAGGAGAAACAUAAGAUAUUUGUCCUGGUUAUGGCAUUGAACAUAUAAAAGCACACAUGGCGCUAAUUACUUUAACAAUGGCUCACCAACAGAUUAUUGUGACGACCCCCAGAGUGACAAACCUGUAAUGAAGCCAUCAUUAGUCAUUAAAUUUGCACAUGCUCUGUUCAAACCGGAAGUUGUGUGGGGCAGUUUUCUCUCUUCCUCACUCAGAAGACAUUUUGGCAUUAUGUUUAGAAAAGGGAUCAUACUAUUGUGUAGAUAUUCACUUUCAGCACAGAUGAUUCUGAAAUGGGGAUAUUUGCAUGUAAAUGCACUUAAACACUCUUUAUAUUUUUCUUACGUUGACUCUGCUGUCACAUGGUCUCACCUGUGUAAAAUUCUGGGCUUUGGCCUGAGCUCUACAGGUGGCUGCUGCUGGAUCAGUGGGUGUUAAAGCCCCUGAAAACUUUGGGUUCAGAGCUCUGCAUCUUUAGAUAUGUCACGAAACUGAGUAGGAAUGACGACAAAUGGUGCAGGAAUGGUUUGGCGUGUUGCACAAUUCUCGUGCAUCUCUCUAGCUCACAACUUGACACGUUCAUAUCAUGUUUGGUUAAUCUGUGUGCUACAACUCUUAAAGUCAGUCCAGUUUUCCAAAUGCCAAACUGUUUGUUAGGUUUCAGCUUACCUGUCUCUUUAAGACCUCAGGCUGUAGUUUAAUCCGAUUAUUCUAAUAAAUGUGCAAACAACCACACAACUGCCAGGAUAACUUUAAUUGGUGUGCUGAAAUUAGUGAUAACUUGACAUUAAAUGGAUUUUUAAAGAGGCUGAAAGUUUUCAGGACCUUUCGAAUCAGGGAGUUGGAUCAGAGUAGCAGUCGGGUAUUGCAGGCCACAGAAUGUGUUCUUUGUAAUGACAGGCAGGCUGUGUGACACGACAGUAGCUGUAUGUUAAUUCAAGCAGAGUACUGUUUAUUGUUCAUUUGGUCGCAGCCACAAAUCAUUACUUCCCAAGAUGCUUGUGAAAUUCUGCUUUUUCCAGGUCACUGUAUAUGCGUAUAGUUAAUGGCACUUAAGAGCUUUGACUUUUGCUUGUGAUUGUUGCAGUUUGUAUUUCAGCUUUGUACAAGUUGCCUUGAUGAUGAAGAUGAUGGUUUUGCAGCAUUAAGAGUUUGAAUUAGACACUUGUCAAAUCAUCUAACAAGCUUUGCUCAAUAACUUUGUCCUGUGCAUUCAGUAACUCACUGCUUACUCGCUGCGUGAUGUUUGGCUGCUUAAUUUCCCUCCACUCGUGGAGGAGACGUGCACACACAUAAAGGGAAUCUGUGCUGCAAGACAAUCUCAGUUGUUGUUGUGUGUUAUGUGGAUGCAACUGAUUUCCUCUGCAUUCUCUCAUGCUGUUAGCUAUAAUAAAUUGGAUUUCAAAUUGUGUCAACUGAGCUUUUUAGUGUUUUCUACAGAAAUAAAAGAAUGUGCUGUUGAA